AUGGCGUUCUUCCCCCGUAACUUCUACAACACCCCCUCCGACGCCUCCUUCACUCCUCUCUUCCGCCUCCUCGAGGACUUUGACAACUACUCCCGCACCGGCGGCGCCAACGGCAACGGCGGCGCCCGCGGCACCCACCGCAACCACGUCCCGACCUUCCAGCCAAAGUUUGACGUCCGCGAGGUCGAGGACGCCUAUGAGCUGCACGGCGAGCUCCCUGGCAUGAACAAGAACGAUGUGUCGAUCGAGUUCACCGACCCUCACACUCUCCACAUCCGCGGCCGCGUCGAGAGGACGUACACCGCCGGCACCCCGCCUGCUGGACUCAUCCAGGGCAACGGUGCCGAGAUGAGCGGCGCCAUCACCGAUGGCAACGAGAAGCGCUCUGCCUCUCACCAGCCCACCGUCGAGGACGAGAAGGAAAACGACACCAACAACUCCAAGACCGUCUCCGAGACGGACAAGUCCGCCUCCGGCAAGAAGGAGCCCGUUGACAACGCCAAGUACUGGGUCUCGGAGCGCAGCGUCGGCGAGUUCAGCCGCGUCUUCAACUUCCCCGGCCAAAUCUCGCAGGACUCCGUCUCGGCCAACUUCAAGGACGGCAUCCUCUCGAUCCGCGUCCCCAAGGCGCCCAAGCACGAGACCCGCCGCAUCCAGGUCAACUAA